AUGUCUUCCGCCGCGCAAGCUGUCCUGUCGACCGCGGAGCUUCUCGAGGCCAUCCUCGUAGGCGUCGACAUUCGCACACUGCUCGUCUCGGUACCGCGCGUCUCCCGCCGCUGGCACGCCGUCGUCGCCUCAUCCCUCCCGCUGCAGCGCGCCCUAUUCUUCCAUCCCGAGAGCGAGGACGACAGCGCCGGCGACCGCGACCGCAUCCCCGCAAAGAGGCAGAACCCACUGCUCAGGGUCUUGUUCCCCGCCUGGUUUGAAUGCGUCCCGUCGUUCCGUCCGAGUGUUGCCGAGCCGCUCCAUCGCUUCCCCGCCACCGUCACCAUGGGCUACAAGCGCUUCCAGGAGCUCCCGCUAUACGAUGCGAGCCUGCACAUGAAGAGCCCCGGCGGUCACGACAACCCGUUCCUUCGUCCCGAAGCCUCAUGGCGCCGUAUGCUGACGUCUCAACCACCCUGCCGCAUCGUCGUUGCCAGCGCAUCGCGCGCGCCGGGUGCCUCGCUCAGCAAGACGCUUGGCCAGCCGCGUCUGCUACGCUAUCCGGAGGGGCUGCGCAUGGGCACGCUCUACGACAUGACGCUGCGCCACUGCAGCACGCAGACGCGAGGUGGCUUUGGCAGCGGCGGGAGCGGCUUCAUGGUCGUCUGGGUCGAGGGGGAGGGCGACGAGGGCUACAUCGACCUGGCGCGGCACCUGCGGCGCAUGGUGGGCGUGCUGCCCGUCGUCUUCGAGAUGGGGUUCCGGCUGGUGUGGGACAAGCGGCCGGACCUGGUGGUGCAGAUGCUUCACACGACGAGGGGCGCCUCGGAGCUCGAGGAGGGUGCCGGCCGGUUCUGGGAGAGAUGCGGCGCGGCGGUCUUUGGCGGCGACGGAGACGAUGGCAGGGAAGCGGAUCCGAGUGAGCGGAAGGCGGCUGACCGCGACAUUAACAUUGACUGGACGAUUGCCGAGUAG